AUGCUGGAGGCCAACAAGCUCGUGAGCAGCUUUGCAGAGAAGGACCUGUGGGACCUCGUGCACAGCGAGUUGGACAUGGUCAGCAAAGCAGCCUUGGGGCCCACAAGGCCUAUGGGUAAUAGAGUCGAAACCUACCGGGAACUGGGCAGAGUGCUGCAGGAAGAUGGCAACCAUUUAGAGCGGGAUCUGAUAAGGCAAUUAACAACGCUGGCCUCAAGGGACAUGAGAGUGGGGCAGGGUGUAGCGGAUGAAUUGCAAAGAGCAGCGAGUGACAUCCUGGUGUCCCUGGCCCGCUCCCACUUCCUGCACAUCAUGGAUGAGCUGCAGAGUCAUCUGAGGCCUGGCCAGGAAACCCCUGAGGAAUUUGUCUUUAUUACCCUCAGCAAACUUGCCACAAGCUAUGUGCUGGAAACAUGGUCGAAAGGUGUAACCCUCUACUUCCGAGCCUGGGCAAAGUGCUCCUUCCCUCGAAUCGGGGAAGCCCGGUUGUGUGACAAAACGUACCCGUUGUUCUGCUCCGUGGUCAGAAACUGGCUGGACUGCGAAGAGGAAGAGCUCAAGCAGGCCAUCAUCAGAGCUGUGGCGGCUAUGAUGGGCCUCCUUCUUCACAAAGAAGAGUAUGAGGAGCAGGUGUGCAGCCGGCUGUCCUGGCUCCUGGGCCAAUAUGAGGAGGUCCAGGACAGUGCUCACGUGACCAAGAGUCUCAGUCACUUCUUGGAAGUUGUGGUGAAAUCCCAGCUCUUGAUCCCCAAAGGAAUAGUUUUUGUCAUCUGCAUCGUUGUGCACAGCCAGCUCUCCAAUGGGACCAAGGGGCACAGCACUGAGCACAAAACAGAGCUCUCCUACUGCAUGCUGCUGCUAGCCCGACGUUUCCCUGACGACACCAUGCAGUUUCUCUACUCCCAACUGCAGAUUGAGAACGAGGCUUGCAGAGCAACAUCCCUGUAUCUGCUCAGAUCUUUGCUUCGCUGUGACUGUAAGCAACACCAGGAAGAAAGCGUGAGCAACGCUGUGGGUUCCACCGCACACUGAAUGUGGCCCGAGCUCCUUCCCGUGGUUCCAGUGGGAAAGGGCACUCCACUGGUGAUGCACACACAUGCCUA